UGCUGUCAGGGGUAUAAAACACAUUGUUGCAUUUCAGAGAAACCUCGAGACUCUAGAAUGAUUUUCUUUGUGAUUCUUGUGUUGCUGUCCUGCACUGAGGCUGAAGGGCUCCAACAUGUGUUUCUCCUCCAUGGAAAGGACUUACAGCUGGAUAUAAAGAAAUCUGUUGUACUAGACAAAAAAACUGAUUUGUUCUGGAAAUUUAAUGAAACUAACAAUGUAGCUAAAUGUUAUUUUAAUAAUGAUCCAGUCGUGUUUGACAAAUAUGAAGGAAGGGCUGAGGUCUUUGGACAAAAUUACUCUUUGCUAUUAAAGAAUGUGCAACACAGUGACAGUGGAGAUUAUACUGCAGUCGUGUCUGGGGAAAAAGACCAAAAGGUAGCUGAAUACAAGGCCAUAAUCCAAGAUCCAGUGUCUCCAGUUAACCUGACAGUGGACUCUGUGUCCAGCAGUUCAGACUCCUGUAAUCUCACUGUGACCUGCAGCACAGUGGAUUCUCAAAUCAGCAGCAUUUUCACAUGUGAUGCCCAAAACUGCUCUCAGGUAGAAAAAGGAAGCUUUAAAGACAAAACCUAUACUUCCAAUCUCGUUGUCUAUUUGCAGCAAAGCUUCAUCAUCUGUAAUCACAGCAACCAAGUCAGCAUGGAACAGACUAAGAAGGACAUUAAACUUUAUUGCAAGGAAAAACCAGGUAUCUCCAUCUGUGUGGUGAAGACAGUUGUGUUCUCUGUUGGUCUGAUCAUCAUGGUAAUUGCUGUCAUCAGUGUCCACAUUAUGGAGAAGAUUAAGAAGCGAAAAUAAAGAAGAGGCUUUCCACUUACACAUAUAACUUAUACGGUUUUAGAAAAUGUUGAGGUUAUAGAUACCAGUGGUCGAUAACUACACAGGUUAACACAUUUUGGGGUUUUGCAAACAUUAAAAAUUCUCAAAUAUCACACAAGGAAUCUGUAUCACUUUGUAAAUAAAAUGCUUGUUGCUCAUGUUAAUAAUAUCACAGAAGAUUUCAUCUUGAAAACAAAACUUUUGGUGGUCUGACCCCUGAACUGAAGAAAUUGUCAAAUUAGAUGAUAUAGGUUAAAAAUUUCCAUUUUACUUACUGUAUAACUUAGCUUCCUAAUGUGGCAACACAAGCGUAAUUAAAUACUUUUAAUGCUUUGCCCGU